AUGGCUGACUCCGCCAAGCGCUUCCUCCUUUCCUUCCGCCGCCCUCCGCCGUGUCCGGUCCCCGACCCCAAUCCCGUACAGAUCUUGAAGCGUUUGCAGAGACAAGCGUUUUAUGACAUUAUGCAGUUGAGGGAGAGACAAGAGAAAGUUGAAAGAGUGAUCUCGUUGUUCAAAGCUACCAAAGUUGGUCCAUUCGCAGAAGAAAGCACUCGGGUCAAGGGUGUUAUCAAUGUUGCUGGCUCGCUCCCAAGAGAUAUCUCAGAAACAGAAUCUGGUAUUAGUUCACGGUUUGUGUUUGAGGCUCCUGUCAGGAAGAAGGAUUCCCUCUUUGUUGAGCUCAGCACUGAUCAUAGAUGCAUGGCUCAAGAAAAUGAUCAAAUUGAGACCCCUUUUGCGCUGUCAAAGUUGAUGUACCUGUCGAAUAUCAAUGACUCAUUUUCUGUUGCUGCUGUACCAAAAGGAGCAAGGUGUAAAGAUUUUUCAACAGACCAAAAUAUCCAAGAGGAACAUUGGCUGGCCAGUUUGCGUUCUUCGUUGAGUCCACCUUUGCUGAGUAAAAGUCACAGAUAUGGUGGUGGCCUAAUUCUGAGAUCGAAGAACUUUGCUGUUUCUCUUGCGGAGCUGAUUUCAGUUGCCCUAAACGAUGGUGAAGCCAGCAGAGUUUAUACAGAAUUUGGGCAAAUCUCGUACCAGUUCCCAGAUGACAUAAAGUUGACCCUGUCUGCUGCUUUGCAUGGACCCAGUGUAAUUCCUCGGAAGAGGAAACCAUCUGCUGGAGGUUGUGUUGAUCUUGAACUGGAAGUUGAUGAGGACACCAGAAUCGGGGCCUGGAUUGAGUUCAACAAGAAGCCAAACUCACGUAUACUGAGAUGGGCCGUCACACUAUCAGAUACACCGCAUGGUGACCUUGGAUGGGGCGUGAGCUUGCGUAGAGGCACUGAGGCCAAACCGCAACUGUUUCAGGUGGAGGGAUUUCUGAACCUGCAUCUGGGGAAGACUGCUGCCGUGCAGCCUGGCAUCGUGUUCAACGUGGAUGGGAGGAGGUGCAGACCUGGUCUUGUAUUCCACUCGAGUUGGUCCUUGUGA